CCCCAGCCCCACCUAGGGCGGUGGCCACAGCAGUGAAGGGCAGACAGAGCCAGGAAACUGGGAAGAAAGCAGGAUGGUAGCAGGGGCAGCAGCUGGAGCCUGGGUGCUGGUCCUCGGUCUGUGGGGGUCAGUGGUAGGCGAUCAAAACAUCACAGCCCGGAUUGGGAAGCCACUGGUGCUGAACUGUAAAGGGGUCCCCAAGAAACCACCCCAGCAGCUGGAAUGGAAACUGAACACAGGCCGGACAGAAGCUUGGAAGAUCCUGUCCUCCCAGGGAGGAUGGGAUAGCAUGGCUCAUGUCCUCCCCAAUGGCUCCCUUCUCCUGCCGGCUGUUGGGAUCCCGGACGAGGGUUCUUUCCGGUGCCGGGCGACAAGCCGGAACGGAAAGGAGACCAAGUCCAACUACCAAGUCCGAGUCUACCAAAUUCCUCGGAAGCCAGAAAUUCUUGAUCCUGCCUCUGAACUCGUGGCUGGUGUCCCCAGUAAGGUGGGGACGUGUGUGUCCAAGGGGAGCUACCCUGCAGGCACUCUUAGCUGGCUUUCAGAUGGGAAACCCCUGAUACCUGAUGGCAAAGGAGUGUCUGUGAAGGAAGAGACCAGGAGACACCCUGAGACAGGGCUUUUCACACUCCAGUCACAGCUCAUGGUGACCCCAGCCCGGGGAGGAGCUCCCCACACCACCUUCUCCUGCAGCUUCAGCCCUGGGCUUCCCCGGCAUCGAGCCCUACAAGCAGCCCCCGUCCAGCUCAAUGUCUGGGAACCUGUGUCUGUAGAGGAGGUCCAAUUGGUGGUGGAGCCAGAAGGUGGAGCAGUCACUCCUGGUGGAACCGUGACCCUGACCUGUGAGGCCCCUGCCCAGCCCCCGCCUCAAAUCCACUGGAUCAAGGACGGCAUACCCCUGCCCCUUUCCCCCAGCCCCGUGCUGCUCCUCCCUGAGGUGGGGCCUCAGGACCAGGGAAUGUACAGCUGUGUGGCCACCCAUCCCAGCCGCGGGCCCCAGGAGAGCCGUGCUGUCAGCAUCAGCAUCAUUGACACAGGUGAAGAGGGACCAACUGCAGGCUCUGUGGGAGGGCCAGCACUGGGAACUCUAGCCCUGGCCCUGGGAAUCCUGGGAGGCUUGGGGACAGCUGCCCUGCUUAUUGGGAUCAUCGUGUGGCAAAAGUGGCGACGCCGAGGCGAGGAGAGGAAGGCCCCAGAAAACCAGGAGGAGGAGGAGGAGCGAGCAGAGCUGAGUCAGUCAGAGGAGCCAGAGGCAUCAGAGAGCAAUGCUGGAGGGCCUUGACGGACCCACAGCAACCCCAUCUAUCAGCUUUCUUCUCUUUCUCCCAGACUCUGUUCUUGCCCCAGAUCAGUUCUCCCCUGUGUAACUUCUACCCCACUUCACCACACUCUCUUCCACAACCAGAGCCUCCCACAGUGUGAGUAAACAUCUGACAGUCUCACCCCA